AUGGAUCCCAAUAACUUUAAAAAUUUAAAUAAAAAUAUUAAUUUUCCUCUAUUAGAAAAUAGUGUAACAGCUCCAUUAGGUUUUCCCCAUUAUCUAUCUCCAUCAUCAUCUCAAUCAACUUCUCGAUCUUCAUCAAGAUCUACAUCUCCAUCAUCAUCACCUUCGAACUCUCCAUCAUCUCAUUUUAAUUUUAUUCCACCAUCAUUUAUACACCCAUCAGCGGUGCUUUCACAACAGGAAUUACCCCCACCACACCAUUCAAAAAAAGAAAUUAAAAUUGAUAAUGGUUGCAAUCACUAUUUAUCUAAUUUUAAAAAACAAAAAAUAGAACAUCUCUUAUAUUAUAUAAAUAAUGAAGAUGAUAUUGAUGAUUUUCAAAUAAAUCCAAACAUCACAAUUAAUAAUAAAAAUCAAAAUGAUGUAAAUAAUGAAAAAAUUAAAAAGAAAAAAAAAAUUAAAGCAAUUCUAGAAAAUCCAAUUAACAUAGAAAACAAAAUAAAACUUAUUCAAUCUAUAACUGCAAAUCAAAUAUCAAUUUCAGAAUUAAAUACUGAACAAAUUCAAACAAUUGAUUCAAAAAUAUUAUCAAAGAUGACAAAACAAUUCUGCUUAAUUUUAUUUGACAAAUAUAGAGUCCCAAACAAAGAUUUGAAGCUAAUCUUUAAAUUUCAAUUGGAUGAUAUAUGUAACGAAUUUUUAGUGGCCCCCGAUAAAUACCAAUGUCAACUAGAGCAAUGUAGAAACAAAGGUUUUGUUUGUAAAGCAAAGGCUUAUUUUAAUAAACAUCUUCUCUCGAAUCAUUUGGAAAUAGUUAAAAAAAGACAAGUUAAUAAUAGACCAGAAGAAAAUCAAAAAGAAUGUGAUCAUACCGGAUGCAAAAUGAUGGUCGAUCACCAUCUAUGCACACCAUCUGAAGUCGAAAAAUGCCCAAGAUGUAUUAUAAUUAAAGAAAAACACUUUUGGAUUUUUUUAAAUAUUUAA